AUGUCCAGCCUCAAAAGCACACUCUUGUCAACCCUCUCCAAGACUCCCAAGCAGCAUCUCAAGGCGCAGAAGCCCAAGUACCAGCUCUGCAGCAACCCCAGCAUCACUAUCACAGAUGCUGAGACCGGUGAGGAGUGGGAGUUCAUCGAUCAUGAUGAACUCGAUGGUGAUCUCCCGAACAGCGACAACACUCGCACUUUGAGAGAGGAACUCGAGCUCAAUGCGCGCGAACAGGAUAAUCUCCUAGGGACAUGCUGGCUGUUCGACGAACCUCGCCAGUGCCAGUGGAACAAGAGAUCUCUCGACGGCGGCAGCAUCCCCUCGAAGUUGGCCGUAUAUAUUCUUCAUUUCUCCCGCCAAACUCGACUCUCAUUCCUUUCCUCAGUCAUCCUCGACAUCACUUUCACCCGGACUUCCUUGAGAUCAGCAACUGACACCAACUCACACCCAUCUUUGAACCCCCAACAUCACAACUUCUACGACACCUCAAGGAAUCUUCAACUACCGACAUCAGCCUACACACCUGCGCUGAAACGCCCUACACGACAACCUUCUACGCCACCCCGAUCACCAAGACCACCGACACUAUCGCCAACCCUUCGAUCUAUCCUUCGAGUGUCCUGA